AUUAACGUGAGAAUUGAAGAGAACCCAUGUUAACCGUAGCCGGAGACGAUGAACUAGACCCGGUCGUGGGACCAGAGCCGCCAACGGAAGCAGCCACUCCAAGAGUGUUGACUAUAAUCUCCCAUGUGAUGGAGAAGCUCGUGGCACGAAACGAGUGGUUAGCUAAGCAAACUACGGGAUUCGGGAAGAGCUUGGAGGCGUUUCACGGUGUCAGAGCACCAAGCAUAAGUAUAGCAAAGUACCUUGAGAGGAUAUACAAGUACACAAAAUGUAGCCCGGCGUGUUUCGUUGUUGGGUAUGUGUACAUAGACCGGUUGGCUCAUAGACAUCCUGGUUCUUUGGUUGUCUCCUUGAAUGUUCAUAGACUCCUCGUCACUUGUGUCAUGAUUGCUUCCAAGAUACUAGACGACGUGCACUACAACAACGAGUUCUAUGCUCGGGUUGGAGGCGUGAGCAAUGCGGACUUGAACAAAAUGGAGUUGGAGCUUCUCUUCCUCCUUGACUUCAGAGUGACAGUGAAAUUAAUGGCGGAAUCGUCGUCGCCGUCGCCUAGUGAAGAGAUCGUUCGGUUGAUUAAGCGUUUAAGCGCUUAUGUUGCUUUCAAAAUGUCAAGCCUUUUCUCUACUACAUCGAUUCGAAAUCUGGAUUCAAGAUCGAUUGGUGCGAUUGCGGGGCUUGCGAUUGCGGUGAUUUUUACGUGGAGGGCGAUAAGAACGCCGGGGGAGCAACGUCAAAGAAGGCAGCCGAAGCGUAGGAUUAACAAUGCAGAAACGUCUAGUGCUGCUGCUGCUCAGUCGAAUGUAGCUUCGGUACUUCCUGAAGUUUCUUCGCCUCGUGAGGAUAACGCGGUGCAAGAUGUUGUUGAUCAGUUCUUUCAACCUGUUAAACCUACCUUGGGGCAAAUAGUUAGGCAGAAGCUUAGUGAAGGAAGGAAGGUAACAUGCCGUCUUCUUGGAGUAAUUCUUGAGGAAACAAGUCCAGAAGAACUUCAAAAACAAGCAACAGUGAGGUCAUCUGUUUUGGAAGUUCUCCUAGAGAUUACAAAGUAUAGUGAUUUAUAUCUCAUGGAAAGAGUUCUUGACGAUGAAAGCGAAGCCAAAGUUCUACAGGCUUUAGAGAAUGCAGGAGUUUUCACAUCUGGUGGUUUGGUCAAAGAUAAGGUCCUCUUUUGUAGUACAGAGAUAGGAAGAACUUCCUUUGUCAGACAACUAGAACCUGACUGGCAUAUCGAUACAAACCCGGAAAUCAGCACACAACUAGCUAGGUUCAUCAAAUAUCAGCUUCACGUCUCUACGGUGAAACCCGAGCGAACGGCUCCAAAUGUGUUCACCUCGCAGUCAAUAGAACAGUUCUUUGGAUGUGUUUAAUGUCAACAAAAAAGAGAGGUGAAAGAUACUACGUUGUCCUGACCUAAGCAUCAUUGAUCGAGUGUCUCUUAGGCUGAAACUUGAAAAACCUGUUUUAUGUUUCUUUAUUGUGUCUAAAUUAAAGUUUGAUAUACAUUUUGGAGUUAGAUAUUAUUACUGCGAAUGUCUCUGUGAAAGUAUCCAAGUUUGUAAUUUUUGUAUUAGCAACUUAGCACAAGUCUUAAUGAAAUAAACAAAUGUCC